CCAUAUAAGAGCGGUCCGAGCCCGGCGCUCCCCCAGGCCCUCACCGCCAUGAACCAGGCCGAGCUCCCUUUGGCAGAGACCAAGCCCCACGGGGUCAGGCCCCACAUCUGCUGCGCGCCCCCUCCCCGCGCCCCCACCUCUCUCGGCAGCACCCCCCUCCUGGUCAGAGCCGAGCCCCGACGUGGGGGGCCGCGGCCGAGCCAGCCCGCGGACAGCGAGCCCUGCGCGGCGGAGCGGGACCGAGCCAGUCCCCGGGAGCCCACCGACCCGUACCCGUCGGAGCCAGCCCCCGACGGCGGCUGGCUGAGCGCCGACGAGUCCUCGGGCUACGAGAGCGAGAGCGCCGGCGGGGAGCGCUCUGCGGCGGCGGCGGGCGGGACCCGCGGGCGGCAGCGGCGGGCGCGGACAGCCUUCACCUCGGAGCAGGUCUGCCGGCUGGAGAAGACCUUCCAGCGCCAGAAGUACCUGGGGGCCUCGGAGCGGAGGAAGCUGGCGGCGGCCUUGCAGCUCUCGGAGAUGCAGAUCAAGACCUGGUUUCAGAACCGGAGGAUGAAACUGAAGAGGCAGAUACAGGACCACCAGCACAGCCUCGUGUCUCCUGCUCCGCUCUACAGCUACCCCCCGGGGCCCCAUCCAGCCCUGUUUCAGGAGGGUCUCCACUACCCCUUUGCCCCACAGCACCAGAGACUCCUGCCUCUUACCCCGGUGCCUGCUGUGCAGUUCAGCUUCUCCUUUCCCAGAUACGAUGCAUCGCAAAGCACCUACUGCUUUAUGGCAAAUGAGCUGCCGUACUACCAUCAGCGCCUUCUUCCUCAUCCUUCUUUCCAUCCAAUUAUUCAGAAUAAAAUGGACAAGCAAUGCCACCCUGUAUACGCAUUAUAG